AUGUUGGCUGGAAUAGUGAAAAAGAUCGCCUCCACCACAAUGGGGAGCUGUGCCUCAAAUCCAAAUAGAAAAGGCAACGGCAACGGUCACAAAAGAAGAAAACACAAGUCUGGCAAACGCAGAGGAAAUAUUCCCACAGCACUUCCUGAGAUGCCUUUGAAGAGGGUUAGCAAUGCUGGCAGCCUUGUGGGAGAUUUCAAUCUCAGUGACUUUGUUCACUUGGACUUUGAGAAUGGUGCUUCAGCCCCCUGCAGAAGAUCAGAGGUUUCAAACAUGAAGUUUCAUCUUACACAGCUUCAAUACCAUAGUCAGAUUGAUGCAAAUGGAAAAUACCAAGAAGAAUCAUGGUUUGAUUCGGUUAGCAUUAUUGAAUCUGAUUCAGAUGAUGAAUUCAGCAGUGUGCAUGGAGAUUGUUUUCCCUUUGCCAGCAAUGCUUUGGCAAAUGGCCCAAACACGCAAUUAGUUCAGUAUGAAAGUGCAUCCUGCUUUGUAGAUUCAGGGUGUAAAUAUGAGGAGUUUUAUGAAAGCUACCUCAAAAUAGAUGGAGGUAACUGUAAGAAUGGGGAGAAAACUCAAGAAAAUAGCUCAAAACAAUCAACAGUUAUCAUGGUUUCUGUAAAAAGGUCAUCAAUUGAUGGAUAUGACAAGACGACUGAAUCAUGUUCAUCAGAGAAAUUUCUUUAUCGUCCCAAGGCAGGGCUUCAAAUUCCUGCUGGAACUCAAGAAAAGCCAUCACCUAGUACAUGGUCUGUGAUUUCACCGUCAGUGUUCAAGCUUCGUGGUGAAAGCUUUUUCAGAGAUAAGCAGAAGAGCCCCGCUCCUGACACAUGCCCUUACAUACCAAUAGGUGUUGAUUUAUUUUCUUGUCCGAGGAAGAUAAACCACAUUGCUAGGUAUCUUGAACUUCCAUCUGUCACAGAAAAUGAAAAAUUACCUUCCCUCCUAAUUGUCAAUAUACAGUUGCCAACAUAUGCUGCAAGCGUGUUUCUUGGUGAUGCCAAUGGAGAAGGCUUGAGUCUUGUUCUGUAUUUUAAAUUGUCCGAGAAUUUUGAGAGCGAGAUCUCACAAAAUUUUCAGGACAUGGUUAAGAGAUUAAUGGACGAUGAGAUGGAAAAGGUGAAGGGGUAUACAAAGGAAAGCGCGAUUCCCUAUAGGGAGAGACUAAAAAUUUUGGCUGGGGUUGUUAAUCCAGAGGACCUUAACCUGUAUUCUGCAGAGAAAAAGCUUAUCAAUGCUUACAAUGGCAAGCCAGUGUUGUCACGUCCUCAGCACGAGUUCUAUAUGGGACGUAACUACUUUGAGAUAGAUUUGGAUAUUCAUCGCUUUAGUUACAUAUCAAGGAAAGGACUUGAUUCACUGAGAGACCGUGUAAAGCUUGGAAUACUGGAUGUUGGCCUAACUAUCCAGGCACAAAAGCCAGAGGAACUUCCAGAGGAGGUGUUGUGUUGUUUACGAUUGAACAAAAUUGAUUUUGUUAACCAUGGCCAAAUUCCUACCCUUGUCACUCAGGAGGAUAAUUCAGGCGAGCACUAG